GCCGAUAACAGAAAAGACAGGACGUGCAAAUCACGCAGCUCUCAUUCGCCCUCCGUUUCUCUUGUCUUCUUCAUCUUCACGUUUUUUUGUUUUUCCAAACAGCUUUGUUUGCGAAAUCAUUUCAUCAUGUCUACCCUUUCCAAGUCUGAGCACAAGGCUUGCCUGAUCGUCAUUGACGGUUGGGGUAUCCCUUCUGCCGAAUCUCCCAAGGAUGGCGACGCCAUUGCUGCUGCUGAGACCCCCGUCAUGGACGAGCUCUCCAAGAGCGAGACCGGCUUCACCGAGCUGGACGCUUCUUCGCUGGCCGUUGGUCUUCCCGAGGGCCUGAUGGGCAACUCUGAAGUCGGCCAUCUCAACAUCGGUGCUGGCCGUGUUGUCUGGCAGGAUGUCGUCCGCAUUGACCAGACCAUCAAGAAGGACGAGCUCAACGACAACGAGGUCAUCAAGAAGACCUUUGAGGGUGCCGCUGCCGGCAAUGGUAGACUCCACCUUUGCGGUCUUAUUUCCGAUGGUGGUGUUCACGCCAAGCAGACUCACCUCAACGCCCUUCUCCGCGCUGCCAAGGCCUACGGCGUCAAGCAUGUUUACAUCCACUUCUUUGGCGACGGCCGUGAUACCGACCCCAAGUCCGGCGCUGGCUACAUGCAGGAGCUUGUCGACUACCUCAAGGAGGUUCAAGUCGGUGAGAUUGCCACCGUUGUCGGCCGCUACUACGCCAUGGACCGUGAUAAGCGCUGGGAGCGUGUUGAGAUUGCUCUCAAGGGCAUGAUCAAGGGUGAGGGUGAAGCCUCCGAGGACCCUGUUGCUACCGUCAAGGCCCGCUACGAGAAGGGUGGCGCCAAGGACAAGGACGAGUUCUUGACUCCCAUCAUUGUUGGUGGCGAUGAGCGCCGUAUCAAGGAUGACGACACCGUUUUCUUCUUCAACUACCGAUCCGAUCGCGUACGACAAAUCACACAGGUUCUCGGUGGCGUUGAUGCCUCCGUGCUCCCUGACGAGGACUUCACCAUGCCCAAGCUCAAGGCUCUCGUUACCAUGACCCGCUACAAGGGCGACUAUCCUUUCGAUGUCGCUUUCCAGCCCCAGAAGAUGGACAACGUCCUGGCCGAAUGGCUCGGCAAGCAGGGCUGCGAGCAGGUCCACAUUGCUGAGACUGAAAAGUAUGCCCACGUUACCUUCUUCUUCAACGGUGGUGUUGAAAAGGUCUUCCCCUUGGAGAUCCGUGACCAGGAUCAAGAUCUUGUUCCCUCCAACAAGAGCGUCGCCACCUACGAUCUUGCCCCAGAGAUGUCUGCCGACGGCGUCGCUGACCAGGUUGCCAAGCGUCUCGGCGAGCAGCGCUUCCCCUUUGUCAUGAACAACUUUGCUCCUCCCGACAUGGUUGGCCACACCGGUGUCUACGAGGCCGCGAUUGUUGGCUGCGCUGCUACCGACAAGGCUAUCGGCAAGAUCCUUGAGGCAUGCAAGAAGGAGGGCUACAUUCUGUUCAUUACCGCCGACCACGGCAACGCCGAAGAGAUGAAGUUUGCCGACGGCAAGCCCAAGACCUCGCACACCACCAACUUUGUUCCUUUCAUCAUGGCAAACGCCCCCGAGGGCUGGAGCCUCCGCAAGAGCAGUGGUGUUCUCGGCGAUGUUGCCCCUACUAUCCUCGCUGCCAUGGGUCUGCCCCAGCCCGAGGAGAUGACUGGCGAGUCGCUCUUGAACAAGGAUCUUAAGAGACCUGCUGCUUAAAGAUGUGACCAGCACACUUGAUGAUGAUGACGAUUUCUUUUUGUUUUUUCUUUUCACACAGGGGAGCGCGGCGUAGUGGUUAGAGAAAAGCAAAAGAGAAAAGUGAGGCAUAGAUUAGCGAUAUGAUUAGAAAGAACUGAUAGACACUGCAUUAGAUGAGGCCAGAUGAUGAAUAAGAGUAUUUGUUUUGAUGAAGACGUAUGAUUUCAGUCUAUGUUCAGUGUCCUGCAUCCUGUAUACCUUGUGCCAUUUUUGAUUCCCACAAACGCCAGUUACAAAAAUUCCAUACUCGUCUACAUUACAGUGUAUUCCUGAACUUGGUUCCUUUGCUGAACCCAUCUUCCGUUCCAUCUGUAGCCUCUCCACGCUUUUCCUUUUCAUCCAGCGCUCUAUUCUCCCUCGCUAGUAGAGCGGCACAAACUAAGGUAGCCACAAUGCCCAGAACAGCAAAUGUAGUUCCCACCGUAAAGGCAGUCCAGUAAUAUGGUGCUUCGCGUUUAAUAAACAUGUUGCUGCUAACAAAGUUGGCGCUGUUGCCAAAGCCCAUUUGAAGUGCAGCAGCAACAGCCUUUUCUGGUCUUCCCUCCAAGUUAUUGUUCAACCAUACGACGGACAGUGGCAUGGUCAAGGAAGCGCCGGCCGAAAUCAUAAAGAGGCCAAAGUACCGCACAGAGGGAUUGUGGGUGAGUUGCGCGAUCUGGAUGCUCCAGCCGAUCAGCGACACAGAGCACCCGAUAAGAAUAAACGGGAAUCGCACACCGGCGCGGGCUGACAGUAUAUGCGCAAUAAUGGACGUCACAAUUGCGACGCAGUAAAUGGGGAUCUGGUGAAUC